AACUCCCUACCUAUGCCUUAUUCAUAGCUUUUAAUAUCAAAAACCAAACCACAAUUGAAUUUGUAGUAGUGAAAGGCCCACUCGACGGCCAUGGACUUCCGCAACUCCCCUUCUUCCUCCACCACGUCUUCGACCACCACCACCCCUAACCCGGCCAUCACCGCUGCCACAGGCGCCGGCCCCGCCUCCUCCGACGACCCUAUGCACUCAUGGUGGGAGUCCAUCUCCAAAGCCCGCUCUCGCAUCCACUCUCUAUCCUCCAUUCUCGAGCCUUCCGUUUCCUUCUCUCUAUCCUCCCUCGCCGACUCCGACCGCCCUGCUCUUUCUCUCCUCUCUUCCAUUGACGCCUACCUUGCCGUCUCUGCUGCUCUCUCUUCCCCUCAAUCGGGUUCCGGCUCUGACCCUCUUUGCCACUGGCUAUACGACACAUAUCUGUCCUCUGAUCCCCAUCUACGACUUGUCGUUUUCUCCUUCAUCCCUCUCCUCUCCGGCCUAUACCUCUCCCGGAUCCACUCACUCUCGUCCGAUUCGCCUUCUAUCCCUUCUCUCGCCGGAUUUGAGGCCGUACUGCUUGCUCUCUACGCUGCCGAGACUAAGGCCCGGGCUGGGAAGCCCGUCGUGGUUUCGGUCCCGGACCUAUCUCAGCCGUCGCUCUAUCACACGCCUCGCCAGAGGCCCAAUUCGAACCACGGUCAUGUACACACCAGGAACUCGGUUGGGGUUCUGGCUCCGCCGUUGGAGCCCCAGGUUGCGGUCAAGUCAACGAAGCGGGCUGGCAUUGUUGGGGUCGCUCUCGAUUGCUAUUACAAGCAGAUCUCGCAGAUGCCGGCGUGGUCGAAACUCGAUUUCUGUCGAUUCGCCGCGGCUUGGGCCGGCCGCGACUGCUCUUGUCAGGAGGAGUUUGACGAUGAGCCUGAAAUUACUGGGUUUUCUGAGACUAGGGUUUUGGAGAAUGGGUUUAGAAUUGACGAUGUAACGGAUGAGAUCAGUCAAUUGAGGCUCGAGAACGGUAACGGCAACGGUCAUGGUAAUAGUAAUGGCAAUGGCGUUGGUAGUAGUAGCAGAAGUAAUGGUGAUUUGGGCUCUAAAGGGUCGAGAAUUCCGCUGCCGUGGGAGCUUUUCCAGCCGGCGUUGAGGGUUUUGGGGCAUUGUUUGUUGGCGCCAUUGAAUUCCCAAGAUGUUAAAGAUGAAGCUGCGUUUGCAGUUCGGCGUUUGUACGCAAGGGCAUCUCAUGAUUUGCUUCCGCAGGCUAUCUUGGCAACCCGCAGUCUCAUUCAGCUCGAUAAGAGGGCGCGAGCCGAUGCCAAGGCAGCAGCGGCCGCAGCCAAUUCUUCUUCUAACGCUAACACUCCUAGCAAGGCUAGGAAACCCGAAGUUCUUUUGGUUUCAAAGUGAUUGGUUGGUUUGUUCAGAACAGAAAUGAAGCUUGCUUUUCCAGGUAAUAGGUUGUUGUAUAUUCAUUCUCAAGAAGUUUCUAAACAGUUUGUGUAAGCUAAUUCUGUAUGUGCCAUUUGUACCUGUAGAUUUUCUUUUCUUUUUCAUUGUUCUUCAUUUUAAAAAUCAUUUAUUUGUAGGUGUACCUAUACAGAUUGUUCUGUUGUUAUAGUGUGUUUGAGUGAGCU